AUGCCCCACAGCUCUAGGAUUCCGAAUAGCGGCUCAGAGGGUGAUGAGCCUCACCGGAUCAGAUCGCGCUCGCCAGCCGUCGCGCCGAAUUCGGAGGGUGAUCUGCCUCACAGCCCCACGAGUGCGGAGGACAGUGGUGAAUCUCACCGGAUCAGAGCACGCGCACCAGCCAUCGCGACGAGUCCGGAGGGUGACCCGCCUCACAGCACCACGAGUGCUGAGACCGUUGGUGCAUCUCACCACAUCAGAGCGAGGUCAAAACCCAUCGCGACGAGUUCAGCGGGUGAUCCACCUCACAGCGCCGCAAUUGUAGAUGCUGGUUCAUCACAUGGCAUCAGAGCAGCAGGCUCACCACCACAAGCCACGAUGAGUUCGCAGGGCGAUGCGACUUGCAGCGCUGCAGCACGCUUGCUGGUCACAAGUAGGGAUGGUGCAAGUGCGGGGGGUGGUGGUACUCCUUCUCAAAGCGAGCCCUCCCACUGUUCCGUUGGUCAAGGGGCAAGUGAGGUGGAGGGAGGGGCUGUACCAGGAGGGGCUGUGGCAGGAGGGGCUGUAGGUGGGGAGACUGUAGUUGAAAGCGUUAGAGUUGGGGAGGCUGCAUCUGGGAAGGCUGCAUCUGAUUCAACGAGCAAAGGGGAAGAGGAUGGCGGUUUGAAUGGAUACAGAGAUGUUGGGAGGGGUGUGGUUAUUGAGAGACCAGGCGAGGAGGAGAAGAAACGAGAGGAGGAGGGGGUGCAGCGAGAGGAGGAUGGGAAGGAGGAGCGAAUGGAGGAAAGGAAAGAGGAGGGAGAGGCGGAGGGUGAGGAGAGGGGAAAUGAGGAGACGGCGAGGGAGGUGCAGGUGCUGUGUCUACUGGAGGAUAUCAGCGACAGAAAGGCACUGGAACAAAGCAUGUGGAAGUACAAGAUGAUGGUGGAGAAUCUACCAGGCGGCGCCGUGCUCAUGACCCGAGCAUUGGACGGCCGGCAGGAGGUGCUCAUCAACUCCACCGCCGCGCACCUGCUGGGGUGCGCUCGGGGCGACAUUGACAGCGUGGAGAAGUGGUUCAGAGCUCUCUAUGGAAGGGAGAAUGCGGCUAAAGCGCAGCGCAAGUACGAGGGAAGGAGGAUGGGGGCUGCGCGAAACAAUGUCUUCAACACCGUGCUGCCUAUCCGGGACCCGAAGCUACUCCUAACAAAGGAUGGCCGGGUGUUUGAUUGCAACCAGGCGGCAGUGCGCAUCCUCAAGUGCCCCACCAAGGAGUCUCUGCUCGGUCGCACGCCCUGGCGCCUCUCACCCCUCCAGCAGCCCACCACCAAGCAACCCGCCUCGGCACUUAAAGCCAUUCUCGCCCACCUCGCUGCCUCCAACCAGCCGUCCAACCGAACCUCAGGCUCGGUAAAUCAGCACCCAGGCUCGUCGUCGCCGUUUCCUGCCACCGCUGCCGCCACCGCUGCUGCCGCCUCCGGCCCGGUGGGAGGCCCGGCAGGAGGCUCGGCGGGAGGCUCGGCAGGAGGCCCGGCAGGAGGCUCGGCAGCAGCGGACUCCUCCGUGCCAGGCCUGGCGGGAGACUCGGUGGGAGGCACGGGGAACCGGUGGCGGCGGUUCGAAUGGGUCUUCCGGGACGAAGAGGGCGGAGCAGUACUAGUACAAGUCCUCUGCCGCAUGGUUGAAUUCUUCGGGGAAAACGUGUACUUAAUGGUGUGGCACGACAUAGCCGAGCUGAAACGGAAGGAGGCGGAUUUGCAGCGAGCGAAGCUCGAGGCGGAGAAGGCGAGUUUAGCGAAGACACAGUUCCUGGCGAAUAUGAGCCACGAGAUAAGGACCCCGAUGAACGGCGUGAUCGGGGUCGCGGAGCUGUUACUGGAUACACCCUUGUCGGAGGAGCAGCAGAUGCUGGUGAACACGAUCAGGAGUUCCAGCCAGGGGCUGCUGCAUAUCCUGAGUGAUAUUCUGGAUCUGAGCAAGAUUGAGAACGAGAGGAUGGCGCUGGAGUUUGCAGAGUUUGACGUGCGGGAGCUCCUCGCGCACUCCCUGGCGCUGUAUGAGGUGUCUGCCAGGGAUAAGAAGCUGCAGCUCAAGUCGCACGUCAGUAGGGAUGUGCCGCUGAAAGUCCUAGCCGACGCAGUGAGGGUGCGACAAGUCCUGCUCAACCUUGUCUCCAACGCCAUCAAGUUCACCGCCCGCGGCCGCGUCACCGUGCGCAUCUCCACCGUCGAUCCCGCCGACACGGACGGCUGCUGCAGUGGCGGGCGGCGGCGCGAGUCGUUUUCGUCUCUAGCGCCGCUGCUGCAGCUGGAGGAGAGGCGGGGGGCGCCCCUGGAUAAGGUUCUUUUGAAAUACUCGGUGUCGGAUACUGGGAUUGGCAUCUCGAAGGACGUUCAAGGGAGUCUCUUCCAAGCGUUCACGCAGGCGGACAACACCACAUGCCGUAGGUUCGGUGGCACGGGGCUGGGCCUGGCGAUAUGCAAGGCGCUGGCGGACAACACCACGUGCCGUAGGUUCGGUGGCACGGGGCUGGGCCUGGCGAUAUGCAAGGCGCUGGCGGACAACACCACAUGCCGUAGGUUCGGUGGCACGGUGCUGGGCCUAGCGAUAUGCAAGGCGCUGAUGAAUCUGAUGGGGGGCGAGAUCUCCGUGACCAGCGCGCAGGGGGGGGGCAAGGCUCCACGUUUGAAUUCACCUGCUGAGGGGCAAGGCUCCACCUUUGAAUUCACCGCGUGCACUCUCCCUCUCCCCAUACCCUGUUUCCCAGGCGGACAACACCACGUGCAGGCGGUUUGGGGGUACAGGGCUGGGCCUGGCGAUAUGCAAGGCGCUGGUGAACCUGAUGGGGGGCGAGAUCUCUGUGACCAGUGCUCAGGGGGAGGGCUCUACGUUUGA